GGAAAAAAAAAAAAAAAACCAAUCUCGUUUGUAUUUUGUUUGUUAUUACUUCCAUUUGCAUAUAAUAGAAUGUGAUUAUAUGCGCCCCACCCGAUUUGUAAUUCGUGGGACAUUUGAUACAUUUGUAUGUUCCGCCUUUUUUUAAAAUAAAAGCCGCUGUGUUUUUCGCCGCAGUGUUUUUAGCAGCUGUGUUUUUCGCCGCAGUGUUUUUAGCAGCUGUGUUUUUCGCCGCAGUGUUUUUCGCCGCAGUGUUUUUAGCAGCUGUGUUUUUCGCCGCAGUGUUUUUCUCCGCCGCUUAACCCCGCCGCUUACCCGCUGGCAAAAAUUCGUUGGAACCCAUUAGUAAAAAGCUUCUACCUAAUGAGAACCCGUUGUUCCUGUUCCUUUUUUGACUCGUUUGAUCUGAAAUUCACUCUGGAGAAAAUAACCCCCAAGAGAGAUCCCUAGAUGUGCAGAGUUGCAUAGAUAUGCAUGUACACACAUGUACAUGGGACCUUCGCCAUUGCCAUAACACAACUUGGAAGAGCGCGCGUGCGCGCAGGCACAUUGGUUCGUUAGAGCACCGUACUGGAGAAACACAACAAUAGAGCGGAGUGCCUUUUUGUUCCCCUUUUUUAUGUGCCUCUCGAAAAUAUAACUUUUUAAAAGCAAUGGUACUUCCCGACCAGUCAGCUGUGCCUUCAACGCGCAAGUCCGUAGAGGGGUGCAAAGGGAGUUCCAAGAGAUGCGUCACUAGGGGAGCGGGUAAAGGCGCAGGCAAAGCCGGACAGAGAAGAGCAAGCCGCACCGCAAGCCGCACCGCAAGUCGCAGCACAAACCGUACCGCAAAUCGCACUGUAAACCGCACCCCAAACCGCACCCCAAACCGCAUCGCCACCCCUAUCGCACCUGACAGCAACCAGAACAGUGACUCCCCUGAGAGACGCAACAAUUCCGCGAAAUGGGCCCUGCCCCAGCCCAGGGCGCUCAUCGUGCCCCUGCUAGCCAUUUUGUACGUCCUAUCAUUGGUAAGGCCAUAAAGAAGAAAAGAAGUGCAUGCGCUGAAUGAGCUGAAUGGGCUGAAUGGGCCCCUUUUUUUCCUCCCCGUGACUUUUUGCAAAUUUGCUGACUUACAUGAUAACACCCGUGUUGCAAAAUGCACAAUGCGUGGUGCACUCCCCCCGGGAACGCGGAGUUCUUCCCUAAUUAACCCCUUUGCCAAUUACCCCCAUGUGAUAACCCUUUUUUUUUUUUUUCUCCCCCCUGAUGCCCCUCCACAGCAUGGCUUGUUCGCCCAAAAGGACUCCCACCAUUCGAGAUCUCUACUUGAAAAAAGCCUAAUCCCUUUUAUAUACACACCCGCGAUAGAUGUUGCCGCUGCUCCAACGAAUGGUAGUAGUACCCCCCCCCCGGUUAUUGAAGCCCCGGCAAGUAGUAGCGAUAAGAAGUCGGGAAAUGAUAAGAAAUCAAAAAAGGAUCGUAAGAAAGGUGCAAGUGAGAAGAAGCCAAAGAAGGAACGCAAGUGGGGAUGGGAUAAAAAAUCCAAAAAGAGUGCCAAGGCAAAAGCAGAGAGUAAGUUGAAAAAGGAUCUCCAUGAACCCCCAAUUCCGCUUCCCCCUCAAGACCCCCUCACCUUCCAUGAUCUACACUACCCCCUCGAUAUGCACUACCCCCAUGAUAUGCACUACCCACAUGAUUUUCACUACCCACUUGAUCUGUGUAAUCCGCACACACCCCGUAGUUCCAUCGGUUCACGUGAUACAUUGGAUCCCCACGAUCCGUAUGAUGCGCUAGAUUCCCGUUCCUCAUAUGGUUCACUAGAUCCCUGUUCCUCAUAUGAUCCACUAGAUUCCCGUGCCUCAUAUGAUUCUCUAGAUCCCCGUGCCUCAUAUGAUUCUCUAGAUCCCCGUGCCUCAUAUGAUUCUCUAGAUCCCCGUGCCUCAUAUGAUUCUCUAGAUCCCCGUGCCUCAUAUGAUUCUCUAGAUCCCCGUGCCUCAUAUGAUUCUCUAGAUCCCCGUGCCUCACAUGAUUCUCUAGAUCCCCGUGCCUCAUAUGAUUCUCUAGAUCCCAGAGACCACUAUGACCACAACGUACCUCAUGACCCAUACGAUCCUGAUGAUCCACAUUAUGCCUACUACCCAAACGAUCCAGAAAUACAAUACGGCAUUUACGGUAGCACGAAGAAGCCCAGCACCAUAAUCGAUUUUACAUCCUGCAAAACCCUCACGCCUGAAGAAAAAAUCGAGUUCUUUUUCUACAGCACGAGCAGCUACCUCUAUUUUACCAAAGAAAUGAAGAACCGGAUUUUCGCAACUGGUCCCGUGGUGACCAAAAAAUACAUGGCGGAAAUUUUUUUUGAUUUAUGUAAUGAACAGAAGGAGAACUUCCUCUUCAUGAAGGAAGCCAUGUCCAAACUGUCCUUCAUGUUAGCCGCUCAAUUUAAUUUGCCAAAUGAAAAGCGAUCGAAAUGCUGGAGCCACGUGAAUAAUAAACUUAAUAAAGUAAUCAACCGAUUUGAUCUACGCGAUCGGGCUGACUUCAAUCAUUUUUUGAUGCAAAAAAAACGUCACCCUGCUGAAGAUUUCGAGUGCUUUAUAGAAAAUAGAAUUUGCAUUUGGAACAAAAUUACCAGAGAGAAUAGAUAUGAGUCUUUCCUAGAAUUGUAUAAGCAAUUAAAAAAAUGUGCCUCCAAGAACAGAUUUCGGGAUAAUGAUAGGAGCUAUUAUCCACCGCACCUGAGUGACUAUUACGCGGCUAGUGACCCAGACAUCUCCCACGACACCUUCAGUGUGCGCGGCCCCCCAGUGCAGCACGAUCCGAUCCAUGUGAGCGCUCCCCCAAUGCCGCACGAGCCCAUCAGUGUGAAUGGUCCACCCCCAAUGGCGCAAGACCCCAUCAGUGUGAAUGGCCCCCCAAUGACGCAAGACCCCACCAAUGUCAAUGAUCCCUCAAUGCCGCAAGACCCCAUCAAUGUCAAUGGCCCCCCACCCAGGCCGCACGACACCUUGAGUGUGAGCGGUUCCUCGAUGGCACAUGAAGCCCUCAGUGUGAGCGGUUCCUCCAUGCCGCAUGACCCCAUCAAUGUGAAUGGCCCCACAAUACCGCACGACCCCCUCAGUGCCGGCACCCCCGGUACGCGCUACAACACGUUAAAUGCCAGCAAUGCUGCUCUACAGUACAGUAACGUUAACGUCGCCAGCAGACCUCUACCUUACAGCAAUAUCAGUGUCAUAACAAAACCCAUGCCAUACGGAACCUUUAGCCCUAGUAGCCCCACGGUGCAGUAUGCCCAUUUCGGAACCCCCACCACUGCUAUGCCCUACAGCAAUGUUUGCACUACUAACCCCGCCAUACCAUAUGCCAACAUCAGCACCAUUAACAGGCCUAUUGCGUGCAACACUUUCAAUGUGAGUAGUAGACCCAUGACGUAUGGCACCAUCACAGCUGGCCCCGCUCCUAUGCCGUAUAGCACUUAUAUUUCUAGCAGCCCUAUCAUAGCGCCAUCCCCCUACACCAGUUUGAAUGCUAAUGUUACUACCGCCGUGCCGUUGAACACUUUGAAUGCGAUCCCCGCAACCAUCCCGCCUUACGCGACGAACGCGACCGUUACAAGUGUACCAUACAGCAGUUUAAACCCUAACGUUGCCACGAUACAGCCGGGCGCAUACAGUCCUGGCAUUGCCACGAUACAGCCGGGCGCAUACAGUCCUAGCGUCGCCACGAUACAGCCGGGCGCAUACAGUCCUAGCGUCGCCACCAUACAGCCGGGAGCAUACAACCCUAGCGUCGCCACGAUACAGCCGGGCGCAUACAGUCCUAGCGUCGCCACGAUACAGCCGGGAGCGUACAACCCUAGCGUCGCCACCAUACAGCCGGGCGCAUACAGUCCUAGCGUCGCCACCAUACCACCGGGCACUUACAGUCCUAACGUCGCCACCAUACCGCCGGGCGCAUACAACCCCAGCAUCGCCGCCAUACCGACCAGCACCUACAGCCCUCCCUCCAAACAAGUCACAUUCGACGUGGAAAUCGAAAAGGAACCCCCCAAGCGCAAGAAGAAAAAGAAAUGAAUGAGCACUCCCACGUGCGAAAAAACGGUGCGCCCAUUACGGAAGUGGGAAGAAACAACCCAUGCGAGGAGCGACACAUGUGUGAAACAGCACUGUGAUGAAUGUGUGCAGGUGUAAACAGAGUUGACUCCGCGCGGGUUGGACUCACUCCGAUUUGAAGCUGCACAAGGAAAAAAAUAAAAAAAUAAAAAAAUACGUAAAGAAUAGAAAAUAAAUAAAAAGUAAAAUAUAAUAAAAAAAAAAUUGUUAUUUUAUUUGUUCCCUUUUUUAAUUUUCCAUUUGGUUACCUUUCAUUCAUUUUUCCUUUUUUUUUGUAAUUCUGUAUGUAAGUAAAAAUUACGGAUAUACGGAUAACUUCCUAUCCGUAAGCACAACACACGCGCACAAAAAGCUUUAUUUGAGUUUUCACAAUUUUCCAAUUUGUUCAAUUCCCCUUUGUGUUAAUCAUUCGUGUUAAUAAAUUUGUAUCAUUUAUCAUUGCACAAUUCGUGGUCAUUUCCCUCAGUGUUCACCUCAAAUAUUUAUAAUAUAACUCAUUUUCCACUCCACACUCCAUCUUGUUAAAAUAAUAUUUGUCAAAUAUGUCUUUUAUUACGCUACAAUAGAGAUAUAUAUAUAUGUAUGUUUAAUGUGUAUGUUGUGUGCUCCACCUCCCACACGAAUUUUUUUUUUUUUCCUCCCUAUAUGUAUAAACAAUAUAUGUGUUCAACCAACGCAUAUGUCGCUUAAUACAUUCCUAAAAAAAUUUCUCUGCGAUGUUUUUCGCGCCGCGUUGAGGACAGUAUAAAAAAAAAAUGCCUUUUUAAAAAAAAUUAAAACAUCACAAGAGUAUUGCACACAUGUGUAAAAUGUAUGUAAAAUGGAUGUGCAGCGCUGCUCUGCCAUCUUUUUUAAAGGAUGCGCGUUUAUUCACCCCAAUUCGGUUUAUGCGUAAUGCCGAUGCGUCACAAAAAAAGCGCAAAUUUUUUACCCAUUGUUCCUUCGAAUAUGUGCUGAGCAAACCUCUGAACAGGCAUAUUUAUUACCCCUUUUUUGACGUAACUGUUUUAAAAAAAAAAAAAAGGAACUCCGAAAGGCAACAAAAUGUAAACAACGUAGCAAAAGUGAACAGUGAUAUAGCAUAUGUGAGGGGAGCCAGAGAAAAAUAUGCUAAAUGUACAUUAUGGUGAAAAAGUUCCAACAUUUUCGCAGAUUUUAUGACAAUCUGUAUGCAGUGCUGAGCAAAAUUUUACUUCCACGAUGCGCACUGUCUC